AUGGCUGGUGCCGACCAAUCCUUGACUCCCAUGACCCGGAUUAUGCAUGCUUUAGGUAGCCUGAACAACCAAGCUGAUUUCAACCUUUUGCUUGAUCGUUUGAACAACUUAAAAUCCAGGCUCUGGCUUUCAAAAACACUCGUCGCUGAUGAAAAAAUGGAGAAAGCAAUCUCAGCCGAUGACCCGAAUCGCGCAUUGAUACAUCUCCGCGAGCCCCUCACUAUUAUUUCCUAUCUCAACCAUCUCAGAGUCCAGCCUGACAUGAUCGACACUUUUAACACAACUCACGUGGAAUUCGGUCGAGCAGAUAUGUACUGGGUGAAUGCUGGACAUCCAAACCCGCAGUCGCAAGCCAUAUGGGAUGAAUGGGUUCCUGACUUAUUAUAUAGUGCCACUCAGAAUGUUCGCACGUUUGUUGAAGAUUGGGGGGAUCAAAUGUAUAGGUUUCGGGCAGUCCGGACUGGUGAUAACGUUGCGCAAACGCUCGAGAUCAUUAUGACUUUGCGAAGACAGGCUAAAUCUGCGAGGAUUAAUCCGAAUGGCCUGGAUUGA